AUGCUGUCAUGGAGCCCUUUAGCCAAAUUCUUUUGGGACUUGCAGUGCAAAAUAUAUUUUCUGCUAGUAGGUAUUUGUUCUGCCUUAAAGCUGACAGUGCCAUCUCAUACCAUCCAUGGUAUUGAGGGACAGCCACUGCAUCUUACCGUUGACUACAAUUUCAACACUACAGCGUCAGAAAUCCAGAUAAUUUGGCUUUUUGAGAGGCCUCAAAGUAAUCCAAAAUACCUGCUUGGCUCUGUGAAUCAAACAGUAGUUCCAGACUUGGAAUAUCAGCACAAAUUUACCCUCAUACCUCCAAGUGCAUCUUUGACAAUCAACCCAUUGCAUACCAGCGAUGAGGGCAAUUACAUUGUCAAAGUCAAUGUCCGUGGAAAUGGAACGACAACUGCCAGUCAAAAGAUUCAAGUUGCUGUUGAUGUUCCUGUCACAAAGCCAGCUGUACAUACAGAACCAUCUUCAGGGGUGGUGGAGUUUGUAGGCAAUAUUACACUGAAAUGUACUGUGGAGAAAGGAACGAGAGUAGUUUACCAGUGGAUGAAAAAUGGGAAGCCUCUCCAUGCCGGUCCUAAUUAUACUUUUUCAUCAAACAAUGCAACAGUUCUGAUUGUUCCUGUGGUAAAAGAAGACAUUGGGAACUACAGCUGUCUUGUAUCUAACCCUGUCAGUGCAAUGGAAAGUGAGAUAAUUGCACCAACCAUAUAUUAUGGACCUUAUGGACUUAGAGUUAAGUCAGAUAAAGGUGUGAACAUAGGGGCAGUCUUUACAGUGGACAUGGGGGAAGUUAUACUGUUUGACUGCUCAGCGGAUUCAAACCCACCAAACACUUACUCCUGGAUUCAAAGGGCUGACAACACCACUCAUGUCGUCAAAUAUGGGCCCCACCUGGAAGUUGUGUGUGAUGAAGUGGCCCAGAAGACAAUCGAUUACAUUUGUCGUGCUUUCAACAAUGUGACAGGAAAGCGAGAUGAAACUCACUUCACAGUGGUCGUUACCUCUGUAGGACUGGAAAAGCUGGCCCAGAAGGGAAAAUCUUUGUCAUCUCUUGCUGUAAUAACAGGAAUUUCAUUAUUUCUGAUCCUAGCUAUGGCAUUUUUAUUCAUAUGGAAAAGGUAUCGGCCACAUAAAGUGAUACAACAGAAGCUGCAGAGCAGGCCAGAGGCUGAUUACAGGAAGGCACAAACAUUUUCAGGACACGAAAGUGCUCUGGAUGAUUUUGGGAUAUAUGAAUUUGUCGCUAUUCCUGAUCUUGCUGGUGGUCCCAGGGUUUCAAGUCAGUCUGCUUCUGGCUCUGACUUUGGCCCAAGCCAGGAUGUUUUUACUACAAUUUAUGAAGUUAUUCAUCAUAUUCCUGAGCAACCACAACAAGACCAUCAACAGUAA